AUGUCGUGGGCUUUUUUGGGAAUUCUGGAGUCAGGGUUGGUGCGCUCCUCCCCGCCCGGCCUCGGCUCGGUCCUCCCUGCCGCCAGGGGGCGCAGGCUGCUCGCUCUCGCCGACUCCCCGCCUGGGCCGGGCCCCUCCCGCCGGCUCCGGCGGCUCAGCGGCCCGCCCCCCGCGCCCCUCCCGCGGGCUCGUCCCCCUUCCUGCCCCUCCUCGUCCGGGAUGUUGCUGCCGCUGCUGCGGAAUAGCUGCUUCCCUUCUUCCUCUCCCGGCGGCGGCGGCGGCGACGCGGGCUCAGGGAGCCGGCCGGUGGGGCAGCUGCUGCACGGAGCCCGCGGGGCGGCGGGGCCGGACGAGCCGGGGAACAACGAGCCGGGGGCCGAGCCCCAGCGGCGGCGGCGGGAGGAGGAGGCGGCGGGACCGGAGGCCGGGGGCCGGGCCCGAGGGGCGCCUCCUCCGGGGAGCGGGCCGCGGGCGGAGCGGGAGCCGUAUGUGUCCAUGGAUCGGGGGGCCGCGCUGCAGAGGCGAGGCGGAGGCCUGAGCGGGGGCGUCUCGGCCGCCGGCUCCCCGGCGCUGUCGGGCGGCCAGGCCCGCCGGAGGAAGCAGCCGCCCCGGCCGGCCGACUUCAAGCUUCAGGUCAUCAUCAUCGGCUCCCGGGGCGUGGGCAAGACCAGCCUGAUGGAGCGCUUCACCGACGACACCUUCUGCGAGGCCUGCAAGUCCACCGUGGGUGUUGAUUUUAAAAUCAAAACAGUAGAGUUAAGGGGAAAGAAAAUUAGAUUACAAAUCUGGGACACAGCAGGUCAGGAGAGAUUCAACAGCAUUACCUCAGCUUAUUACAGAAGUGCCAAGGGAAUCAUAUUAGUGUACGAUAUUACAAAGAAAGAGACAUUUGAUGAUCUACCGAAAUGGAUGAAAAUGAUUGAUAAGUACGCCUCAGAAGAUGCAGAACUUUUGUUAGUUGGGAAUAAGUUGGACUGUGAAACUGACAGAGAAAUCACUAGACAACAGGGUGAAAAGUUUGCACAACAGAUAACUGGGAUGAGAUUCUGUGAAGCAAGUGCCAAGGAUAACUUCAAUGUGGAUGAGAUAUUUCUAAAGCUUGUUGAUGAUAUUCUGAAAAAGAUGCCUCUGGAUGUUUUAAGAAAUGAAUUAUCCAACAGCAUCCUUUCCUUACAACCAGAACCAGAAAUACCACCAGAACUGCCUCCACCAAGACCACAUGUCCGUUGCUGUUGAUUUGCUCCUUAGGGACCUAGUACAAAAGAUUCUUGGGAAGGGGAAGAGUGUCUGUUCAACUCUGCACUACAAUCAUUUUGACAAUUUCAUGUCGCACUUUGUUAUCCAAGUCAGAGCUACACACUAACCUGUAAAUAUGCAAAUAUUUAAUCCUGUGUAGGAUUUAACUAUGUUACACAUUUCCCACACACACACACACAUUUGUAUAUUUCCUUCAUUAUCUCAGUGUUAUAAAUAUUGUGUAGGCACUGGGGAAUCUGCAGUACUCCUGAUACAAAGGAGUGGGAGAAAUGAAAUCUAUAAUACUUCAGAUAAAUGUUUUAAUAGUUCUUGUCAAUUAUAUUAAAAUGGCAGAAAUUAUUCUGGUAUGAAGAGAGUAUUUGGUGCUUUGCUAACUAUUUUAAAGAUAAAUUUGUAAAACUGAAGAAUUUUUUGAAUAAAGCUUCCAUAAGUCAUGGUUUGUUUGUUUUUUUCUUUAUUCAAAAGACUUUUUCAGCUGUAGCAUCUUUGUAGCAUUGGAGUGGUUCUGCAGCAAAGCAAAAAUCCAUUUGAUUUCCAUCCUUUAAAAAAUAUUUAUUAAUAGUAUGUUAAUAAUUAUAGCAUAUCACUAGAGUUAGAGAUAUUGGGCUUGACUUAGACCUAAGACAGCAAUAUUGCUGUCACAGUUUCUUAAUGAACAGACUGUACACUAUACUUUUAAGAACCACAGAGAUCAAGUAAAAGAGAUGUAUUUGAAACUAUUACAGAUGUUAAUAAUGCUGUUGUCCUAAGCAAAUCCUGUUUAAAGGAAUUUUUUGAAGAUACCUUUCCUAUAUAAAGGAACAUAUAUGUAUUUGCCUGAUAUCUUGAUCCUUUUUAAUGGUAAAACAAAAAACCCUUUUUUUAAAAAAAAAGUGAAGCUUAUGUUCUGUCCAGCAUAUACUGUAUUCUAUUUUUUGUUGGGGUGGAUGGAAGGGGAGGGGGGGAGUCUGAUAAUGAAUUUGUGAACUCUAUCUUUGGUAUAUCUUUUAUUAAGCUGCACUUUGUUUAGUUAAAGUAAAUAAGUAGUAACAUAUUUGAAUAACUUCGAGUGUCUUGAAUGUUGUGGCAUUGAAAAGCAUUGUGGUCUUUCUAAACUAAUGAAGUCCAAAUAAAAUUUUGUAUUUAUGAAUGACAA